ACCAACAAAAACGAACAAAAAUCUUCACCGGGAAAAAUGGAAGACGACGGUUAUUACCUCGACACCGAUCUCGAUAUCAGCUUCACCUCCACAGCCACAGACCGUACAUUCACUUCAUCAAGCGCUAGAUCGAGUCUCGCACGCUCAAGCCUCACAUUAAGCUUCAACGACAGACUCUCCACCGCAACAACACCUUCAACCACCACUUCCUCCGCCGCAACAACACUACACCACCGUCGUUACGAUCCUCACUGGACAUCAAUAAGAGCCGCAACAACUCUCUCCUCCGACGGAAGACUUCAUCUCCGCCACUUUAAACUCGUCCGCCACCUCGGAACUGGAAAUCUUGGCCGUGUUUUCCUCUGUCACCUCCGUGAUUGCCCUAACCCCACCGGAUUCGCACUUAAAGUAAUCGAUCGUGAUGUUCUCACGGCGAAGAAGAUUUCACACGUGGAAACAGAAGCUGAGAUCCUCUCCUUGCUAGACCACCCGUUCUUACCUACACUCUACGCACGUAUCGAUGCUUCUCACUAUACUUGUCUUCUCAUUGAUUAUUGCCCUAACGGUGAUUUACAUUCCUUGCUCCGUAAGCAACCUAAUAACCGGUUACCGAUUUCUGCGGUUAGAUUCUUCGCCGCUGAAGUACUCGUCGCCUUGGAGUAUCUCCACGCUCUUGGUAUCGUUUAUCGAGAUCUCAAACCGGAGAAUAUCUUGAUUCGUGAAGAUGGACACAUUAUGCUCUCAGAUUUCGAUCUCUGUUUCAAAGCCGAUGUAGUUCCAACUUUCCGAUCUAGAAGAAUCCGGAGAACUUCGUCUUCUCCGAGGAGGACUCGUCGUGGUGGAGGUUGUUUCUCCACGGAGGUAGAGUACGAGAGAGAAGAGAUAGUAGCGGAAUUCGCGGCGGAGCCAGUGACGGCGUUUUCGAAAUCAUGUGUAGGAACUCACGAGUAUUUAGCGCCGGAGCUAGUCGCCGGAAACGGACACGGAAGCGGUGUAGAUUGGUGGGCGUUUGGAAUAUUUCUAUACGAAAUGUUACACGGAACGACGCCGUUUAAAGGUGGUACCAAGGAACAAACACUGCGCAAUAUAGUAUCAAACGAUGACGUGGCGUUUACGUUAGAAGAGGAAGGUAUGGAAGAAGCGAAGGAUUUGAUAGAGAAGCUGUUAGUGAAAGAUCCGAGGAAGAGGCUAGGAUGCGCCAGGGGUGCGCAAGAUAUCAAAAGGCAUGAGUUUUUCGAAGGAAUCAAGUGGCCGUUGAUCAGAAACUAUAAACCGCCGGAGAUUCGAGGGCUGGUGAAGAAGACGAAGGCACAUGCUGGUCACGUGACUGCUGUCGUUACGCCACCACAGAGGAGGAAGUGGUUGUGGUGGGCUUUGUCGCAUUUACUGCCUAGUAAAAGCUUGAACAGGAGUAGCAGUAAAAUUCAGAGCAACAAUAAUUACUAUCAUUAUGUUGGUAAAAGCUAUAACGCUAGUGGCAAACGCGUUUAAGGCGUUUUAACCUUGAAAAUAUCUCAUAGUCUCAUACGAUUCUAGAGGUAGAAAAAAGGGGAUUUGUGGUAUACAAUGAAUAGCGCAUGUUAGC